AUGCUCGUCUUUCUUUUUGUUGUCGCUGCAAUCUAUACAUCAUUUUCAAGUACUAAUGCUGUUUUAGAUUGUAGUAUAUGUGAAUUGGACGGAUAUCAUAAUGUAACAAGUGGUUAUGGAUGUUUUCGUUUAUUUAAUGGACAUGUUGCUUGUACUUGUCCUGAUCAACGUUAUACACUUGAUAAGCCUUGUCGUACGAUUUCUAUGGAUUUAUUUAAAUCGAUUUCUUAG